UGACAUGUGGGACUGCGUCAGGUCGUUCUUGACUUCUUGUGAGCCCCGCUACUCCCUGCCAAAUUCCCACUUCUUGAAUGCACUCCACUCUAUCUCUAUCUCUCUCCUCGCAGCCAGCAAAACUAUGAGCACACAAGAAACGGAAGCAAAGCACAACGGGGCAGGAAUGAGACAAAGCCACCGGCGUGGGCUGCUACGGACGCCGUUGCGUCACACGCCAUACAUGCACGGGGAUGUCACGGCCAGCGCCAACGCCAAGCCGCGCGCGCAGUGCCCCAGAUCACACCUCCGGAUCGCGUUGCCAGGUCGCUGCCGUUCGCCUCGCCAUCGUCAGUCCACAGCCCUUCGCUUGGCCUUUUGCCCACCGGAUUUUGGACUCAAAGAGGCGUUUUCUUUCUAGGAACGGGGCUUGUGUUUGGUUUUCGCCGUCUCUCCUCCUCGUGCGCGUUGAAAGGAUAAAGGACUAUAGGAUGCUGAUGUGAGUGCUCUGGUUCGGAGGUGAUCUCUUGGUUCAGUAAAAGAACAAUCACCUUUUGUUCUCUGCUAGUGAACCAUGGGUUCAAGUGUCUCGAAGCAAGACAACCAGGACACUGCAUUACAACUCUGCAAGGGUCGGUUGAGACACAUUGAGGAAGCAAUCGCGGCCAGAUAUGCCCUUUCGGCUGCUCACCUGUCGUACGAGCAAUCUCUGCGCAAUGUUGGCGCUGCAUUGAGGCAGUUUGUGGAGUCUCACCAUGAUAGCAAUAUGGAGAAGUCUCCUGAUGCUUCUUAUGUUUUGCUAUCUCCCGAGCAACCUGUAGACAGUGCUAACUUGCCACCAAGUAAUUCCUUGACAGUAACAGUCAACUCAAGUGAGGCCAGCUUUCGUCGAAAAGAGCAACACAUUUCUGCUUUCUUUCCACCACCAGCACCGCCCCCAGAUUUGUGUGCCUUGUGGGACUACUUUGAUCCAACUUAUGAUAUGCCAAAUGCUGCAUCCUAUGUCCCCGAGAAGCUUGUGGGACUGGAAGAUUGGAGCCAUCCAAAUAUAAGGGAUAAUCUGCCUUCUUCAAUUGGAAACACAAGUGAAAUUGUUGAGGUGCAAGAAGAGAAUAGGUCACAUCUGGAUGCAAACAAGUCUAUGGAAACAAUAGUCCCCGAGAACAGCGGAAGUGUUAGCUUUAGAAGCUGGCAAGAUUGGAUCCCUCCGAAUGAAAGGGAUUUGUUUUCUUCAAUUGGAAACACAAGUGAAAUUGUUGAGGUGGAAGAAGAAUUGCGAACACUUGGAUACAAAGAAGUCCAUGGGAACAAUAGUCAUUCAAAUUCGCAUCACAUAGAUUGUAAUAGUAUUAAUAUGUCUGAUACACAUUUACCCAACUCAAGUUUCAUCCCUGGCGUAUCCAAGGAUCUUUUGUCCAGUGUGGAAGAAAUUGAGCAUCAAUUCAUCAAGGCAGCUGAGUCAUGCCAUGAGGUCUCAAGGAUGCUUGAAACAAGAAAGAUUCGACUUUGUAUUUCUUCCCGAAUAAUUGGGAAAUCAUCAGAUGCUCUGUCAACAUUGUUGAUUUGUUGCAAAGCUAGAAACAUAGCAUCACAUGAAUCAGAGCAGCAUCGUACAAAAGUUAUCACCUGGAGUCGUACACUUUCAUCACGGUCGGAGUCAUCCAAGAAUCCACACAUGUCAGCACAGAAGGAUGAUGACCAUCCACAAAGUUGUUGUGAUUUCGUUGAAGAAUUUUGUUUGAUUUCGGGAAGCCAUGCAUCCUCUCUAGAUAGACUCUAUGCUUGGGAAAGAAAGCUUUAUGACGAACUCAAGGCUAACAAAUUACUCAAGAAGACAUAUGACAAAAAAUGUACUCAGCUACAGAACCAGUUUGCAAAGGAUGUGAGUGCAAGACAGAUUGACAAAACUCGCGCUACUGUCAAAGAAUUGUAUUCACAGCUAAUGGUACGAACUGAAGUACUAUCCUCAAUUUCUAAAACAAUUGAGAAGUUACGGGAUGAAGAGCUGCAGCCUCAAAUUCUUGAACUGCUAGAUGGGUUCAUGCGCAUGUGGAGAAUGUUGCAGGAAGUUCACCAUAUGCAGCAUACCAUUACCUCACUAUCAGAUGUAAAGUUCUCAUCAGUAUCUCCUGGAAAAUUGUGCAAACAGUCAUUGAUGAAUCUUAUCAAUGAGAUGGGUCUCUUCUGCUCAAGUUUGGCAAACUGGGUUGAUUCAUACAAAUCCUAUGUGAGUGGUUUGCACUCAUGGCUGCAGGAAUGUGUCAUGCAACCGCAGGACCGAUCACGGAGAAGGAAGAUAACUCUCUCACCUCGUCAACACCUUGCUCCUCCCAUGUUUGUUCUCUUGGGAGAUUGGUAUGAAGGUAUUGCAUCGCUUCAUUCAGAAGAAUCCUGUGAUCCUAUCAAGAAACUUGCUGCAGAUCUCAGAAGAAUGUGCAGGCAUGCAGCAGAAGAUGGACCAGCCAGGAAGAAAUCAUCAAACAAUCAAGCAGAGGAUAAUACUAGCCUAUCAGUUGGAGAGCCAGAGAAAUUUGAGACAGAAUCAAACACGGAUAUCAUGCAGGCUGGCCUAAUAGCAAUGUUUGAUCGGCUUUCAAAGUUCUCAUGUGCCAUGGCCAGCUUGUCAGAAAACAUUAAACGAGAAGCCGAGGUUGCUUGCGAGGCAUACAGAAUCGGGCGGUUAGGGUAAGCUAUAGAAAACAUACCAGAUAAUUUUGAAUCCAGUUGUUAAAUUACAGGAAAAAGAAACAAGAUUGAGAAAAACAAUGAGAUGAUAAAAGCCAACUGUACAUUCCCUAGUCUGGGUAUUUGUCUGAUGCUCCUUAUUAAAUAACAAAAUGGCUGUUUUAUGUA